AUGGCCGACACCGAGACCAAGCGCGAAGAUGAGAACCUCGACAGGCAGCCAGAGGAGGACGACGUCGGCGACGAGGAGGAAAUAGCAGCGAUGAAGAAGCGCGUCGAAGAGAUGGAGGCCGAAGCCGCAAAGCUCCGGGAGAUGCAGGCGAACAUCGAUUCGCAGUCGGAGAGCUUACGGGAGAGCAAGGAGGACAUCGACGCGCGGAGUAUCUUCGUCGGUAAUGUCGACUACGGCGCAAGUCCCGAGGAGAUCCAGGCACAUUUCCAGAGCGUUGGCUCGAUCAACCGCGUCACCAUCUUGCUGGACAAGUUCACCGGACACCCAAAGGGCUACGCAUACGUCGAGUUCUCGGAGCCUCAGCUUGUGACACAAGCUCUCGUCCUCAAUGAGAGCGUCUUCAGAAGUCGCAACAUCAAGGUCGUGCCAAAACGGACGAACCUGCCCGGCAUGAACAGAGGCGGCCGAGGAGGUCCUCGUGGCGGAGGUGGUCCUCGCGGCAGAGGUGGAUUUGGAGGAGGCUUCGGUGGACCACCACCAUUCAUGGGUGGUCGCGGAGGCGGAGGCUAUGGCGCGCCAUUUCCACCACGUGGUGGGGGCUACCGUGGAGGAGGCCGAGGCCGCGCACGUGGCUACAACCCUUACUAG